CAGUUCAAGUGGUAUUGGAUUGUUAUUUACUCUCGCUAAAUACACAUUAAAUAAAAACAAAUCAAAACAGUUUUAUUUUACAUUUUGAAAGUGGCACAUCAUAGAGAAAAAUAUGGCGCUGAAAACAUCAAUAAUAUUAAGUUUACUUUCAGUAAAUUUACUACUAGGAACUAUUUCAGCAUAUAAUGAUGAUAGUCAAAAUGAUCAUAAGAUAUGCGCCCUUCAACACAAAUCGGGUAGUAAAUAUUUCCCUUCAGAUUUUAAAUUUGGUGUAUCAACAGCGGCCUAUCAAGUGGAGGGCGGUUGGAAUGAAGAUGGUCGUGGUCCAUCGAUAUGGGAUACAUUUACACAUCAACAUCCAGAAAUGAUUGAUGAUCAUUCAACUGGUGAUGUGGGACCAGAUUCUUAUCAUAAAUUUGACAAGGACUUAGAAGCUUUAAAGGAAUUAAAAGUAAAUUUUUAUCGCUUUUCUAUAUCCUGGUCUCGUAUUCUGCCAAAUGCUGAUAUAUCGUCAAAAAAUCAAAAAGGUAUUGAUUACUAUAAUAUGGUGAUUGAUAAACUUUUAGAAAAUGGCAUAGAACCUUUGGUAACUAUGUUCCAUUAUGAUUUACCCGAAUCCCUUAAUCUAUAUGGCGGCUUUACCAAUAUUGAACUUGUUAAAUAUUUUACUAAUUACGCUAAAUUAUUGUUUGAAACCUAUGGUGAUCGCGUUAAGUUAUGGAUAACUUUUAAUGAACCUUAUGACUAUUGUAUACCCGGUUAUGGUGAUGGUAAUUAUCCACCCAUGGGUCAUGAUCAUGGUGUGGCAGAUUAUCUUUGUAUGGAUACGACUCUUAAAGCACAUGCUGAAGUUUAUCGUUUAUAUAGGAAGGAAUUUUUCAAUAAACAAAAUGGCAAGAUUGGCAUGACUUUAAGUACUAGAUUUUAUUUUUCUAAAACUAAUAAUUCUUCGAUAAUUGAUCGUGCUAUGCAAUAUUCGUUGGGUUGGUUGGCUUAUCCUAUGUUUGGUGAUACCGGUAAUUAUCCACAAAUUAUGUUGGACGAUGUAGCGCGAAAUAGUCAAAAAGAGGGUAGAGCAUGGUCACGUCUAAGAAGUAUAGCUGAAAAUGAGAGAUCUCUUAUCAAACAUUCUGCAGACUUUCUGGGACUAAAUUAUUAUUCAUCACGUUAUGUGGAGGAAGCUAAUCCACCACAGGGUAAAAAACCUUCUGUACAAUAUGAUUCGCGUUUGAAAUAUGAACUUGAUGCAAAAUGGAAGAGAGCAAAAUCUUCAUGGUUGUAUUGCGUUCCUGAGGGUCUUGAGGGUUUACUAAAUUGGAUUAAAAACAACUAUAAUAAUAUAGAAGUUAUUAUAACCGAAAAUGGUUGGUCCGACGAAGGCCAGUUAGAUGAUACAGAUCGCAUAGACUACCUCAAGGCUCAUUUGCAGGCUGUUUUAAAUGCCAUUAAUAUGGGCUGUAAUGUAACACGCUAUACGCAUUGGAGUUUAAUCGAUAAUUUUGAAUGGCAGCGGGGUUAUACCGAAAAGUUUGGAUUGUAUUAUGUGAAUAUUUCUAGUAGUGGCAAAGAACGUAUUGCAAAAUAUUCAGCACGUUAUUAUAAGAGUGUUAUUGAAAGUAAAACAAUACCGGGUUUCGUUGCGGGAAAUUAAAAUUAAGUUAAUUAAAACGAAAAUGAAACAGAUUCAAUGAAAUGUGUUUAUGUGUGUGACUAUUAAAUAUAAAAAAGUUUUAUUUGUAAUUAAAA